CCUCCUCUGACUCACAUUAUCAACAUCUCGUUGAGCUAAGCUAAGUGUGCUUAUGUGAGCGCACAACAGCAUUUGUAAGCCUCCCUCCACUAAUUCUUUUGUUGCAAUUUCCCGUCGCCUACGAAGAAAAAGAUGUCGGAUACGGACACAAAACCAACGAACCAAGACAGUGGAGAUAAGAUGGAUGGGGAGUACAUCAAGUUGAAGGUGAUCGGGCAGGACAGCAGUGAAAUCCACUUUAAAGUGAAGAUGACAACACAUCUGAAAAAGCUGAAGGAGUCCUACAGCCAGAGACAGGGUGUCCCAGCUAGUACACUCAGGUUUCUGUUUGAAGGCCAGAGAAUUGCAGAUAAUCAAACUCCUAAAGAGCUUGGAAUGGAGGACGAGGAUGUCAUUGAGGUAUAUCAAGAACAGACGGGUGGACUUUGGAACGAUUAAAUGUUUAAUUGUACUUUUUAUUGUUUUGUUUUUUUUAUUAUUAUUAUGAAUGCAUUUUGUCCUUUUUUAAAUCAAUGUUCACUUUCAAACCAUCUGGAUCAAAACUGGGCUUCCAUGCUUUGGGACAGAACGGUGAGGAUAUGGACUGUGGAGGGUUGCGACUGGCUCUUGAGCUCACUAUGUACAACAGGGGAGUCCAAACUAUUCUACAUAGGGCCGAAGUGGAUGCUGGAUUUCAUUCAAACAAAACAAGAUGACAUCUUUUCACAAUCUAGUCUUACAAGUUGUGCUGCUUGUUUUAGCAGAAACUUCAUUGGUUAAACUGUCUGUGCUCGAUUUGUAGGCACAAAAACCAGGACCCACAGCGGCCCUUGAGGACAGGUUUAGACACCCCUGGUGUACACUAUGUUGAGUCACAGCUAGGGUCUGUAUGGGAGUCUUUUUGGUUUCAUCUCAAUGAAGCCAUGACCUUAUUUUUCACCUAAGAAAAAUUCAAUUGCAACAAUAAACGGCAUUGAAGCAUGUAAACAAGUGACAUACAAUUUUUGAUGGGAUUUAUUUUGAGCAUUGCAUUUACCUUGUACAGAAAUUAAAAGCCCUACAUUUUGAAAACAAAAUGAAAAUAAUGCAAUAGUUUGUGGAAAAGACUGCUGUCUACAUUUACCACUGUUUCCCAUGAAUUCAUCAUGAAUUCUUUUUUUAUAUAUAUAAUUACUGUUCUUGUACAUGUUUGUGUCAGUUUUUGAGUGAUGAAACUAUGUUUAUCUUCGGUGUGUUCUACUGCUCAUAAUGGAAGAUUUCAUAGUGUAAAUAAAAUGCUUGCUGUACCUGUUUGGACACACUUGGUUUGUUGUGCUGUUGGAAUAUUAUACUCAAAAAUGUGUACUGACAAAAAAAUAAAUAAAAUCACACUCAGGUAAUAGCAUUUGAACGUCCAAUUUAAGUGCAUAUGGGUCACAGUCUCCCGCAGCUGUGUGUGGAGUCCAUACACAGUGGAACCUUGAUUCAGAUGGUUUGACAUUCUGAUGGGGUUUCCAAAUAAAAUAUUUAUGAAAGGACAAAGGUAAAUC